AUGGCCGGCGAAUACUGUGCUAGCGACAAAGAAAAACGGCUAGUAGAAUCAACUUCCGGGCACGAGCUCAUGUCCUUCUUGGACGCCUUCUCUGGUUAUAACCAAAUUCUCAUGCAUCCAGACGACCAAGAGAAAACAGCUUUCAUCACGGACCGCGGAAUUUCGAGAAUUGCGUCAGGAGAAUUCCUGGGAUAUAUCGUAACGGAACAGGGUAUAGAGGCGAACCCGAGGCAAAUCAAUGCGUUUCUAUCCAUGAGUUCCCCCAGGACCUUAAGAGAGGUUCACCGCCUUAACGGGCGCAUCGCUGCACUCAACCGUUUCAUCUCGCGGUCUACCAACAAGUGCCUCCCUUUCUACCAGGUUCUGAAGAAAGGGGGGGAGGCAUUUCAUUUGGGCAAGAAGUUCGAAGAAGCCUUCUCCCAGCUAAAGACUUAUCUGUCCGAACCACCAGUUCCGACAAAACCAGAAUUCAGGAAAACUUUGUUUCUGUACGUUGCUGUCUCAAAAAGCGCAGUAAGUGGAGUCUUAGUGCGGGAAGAAAGGAGGGAGCAAAGGCCCAUCUUCUAUGUUAGUAAAUCGUUCACGGGAGCUGAGUCCAGGUAUCCGUUGAUGGAAAAAUUGGCCUUGGCCGUGGUGGUCUCGGCAAGAAAACUGAGGCCAUAUUUUCAGUCUCAGUCAAUCGUCGUCUUAACGACACAACCACUACGCACGAUACUUCAUAGUCCUAGUCAGUCUGGAAGGCUAGCCAAAUGGUCAGUAGAACUAAGCGAGUACGAUAUCGAGUUUCGAACUCGGACUUGUGCCAAGGCGCAAGUGCUAGCAGAUUUUCUCAUCGAAUUGCCACUCGCCAUUUUGGUUGAGGAUAGCGUCGAAGGACCAUGGAGUUUGUACGUAGAUGGAGCUUCUUCAAAGACCGGCGCGGGAAUCGGUGUUUGCCUCAGUUCACCUAUAGGUGAAAUGAUCGAGCAGUCAUUCCUAGCCGGACUACGCCUUGCAGUGGGGAUUGGCGUUAGGAAUCUCAGAGCGUUUUGUGACUCACAGCUGGUUGCGAGUCAGUUUUCUAGAGAAUACGAGGCAAUGGACGGGCGAAUGGAAGCUUACCUGGCUGCGGCUCGAGAGUUAGCGUUGAAGUUCGACGACUUUGAGGUCACAAAGAUUCCGCGAAGCGAGAACUCCGCAGCAUAUGCUCUAGCUUCAUUGGCUUCAGCUUCGGACCCCACGGUAACUAGAGUUAUCCCAGUGGAAGUUAUAGAGUAUCCAAGCAUACGCUUGGAAGGUUCGAGCGUUGUAACCCGGGCAAUGAGGAAAUGGGAAGCAGAGGAAGCAGCUCGUGCUCCUCCAUCUGGAGUGACCUCUGGAACUCCGACCCCAAUACCGGAAACCACUCCCUCACUCCUUGAGGAGACGAACGCUGACGCUGCAGCUCGCGCACCGGGGGCAGAUGAUUGGCGGACUCCGAUAUUGAAUUAUCUGGAGAAAGGUGAUCUCCCUGCUGAUAAGUGGGCUGCGAGGAAGCUAAAGAUCAUCAGUGCUCGAUAUUGCGUUUACGAUCAAGGACUCAUGCGUCGUAGCAUCGAUGGUCCUUACCUAACAUGCAUUGUUGGUAAAGAGUCCGCAACAUUGAUGCGAGCCAUUCAUGACAGGCCCAAUGGGAACCACUCUUGUGGUCGCACUUUAGCUUUCAAAAUCAAGAGACAACGAUAUUUCUGGCCAACAAUGCUCGCUGAUUGUGAGGAAUACCGCCGAACUUGCGAGAAAUGCCAGAAACAUGCUCCGACAAUUCAUCAGCCUACUGAGCUCCUGUCGUUUGUGUCCGCACCUUACCCAUUUAUGAGUUUGAGACUUUUUGUGCAAAAUGGGGAAUACGACUUAGCAGAGGCUAUGAACAAGGUCAUUCUCGCUAAUUUGAAGAAACGGCUGGACUCCCGUAAAGGAUGUUGGCCGGACGAAUUACAAGGCGUACUUUGA